AGCCGGCUGGUGUUUCCAGGGACGCCCAGGAGGUACCGGUGGCUGAACCAGCGGUGCUGACUGGUGGGGCCGAACGGGGGCAGCCGAGUUUGUCUCCACUGCUGAACACACCUCACAAGCCAGCUGCAGGCCUCGGUCCUAGAAGAUGGCAGACAUGCCCAGUGGCGAGUCCUGCACCUCUCCACUGGAGCUGUUCAACAGCAUAGCUGCUCAAGGGGAGCUCGUGAGGUCCCUCAAAGCUGGAAAUGCACCAAAAUGCUGAGCCUAGGACUGCUGAGACAGCAGAGCAGCUGUCCAGUGAAGGCAUCUUCUCUCUUGUGUGAGCUAUAGACAUGGAGUUAUUGAUUGCAUGAGGAUGAGAUUGACUCUGCAGUAAAGAUGUUGUUGUCAUUAAAAAUGAGCUAUAAGGCCACCAUGGGGGAAGAAUACAAGGCUGGCUGCCCUCCUGGAAAUCCAACUGCUGGGAGUAAAAGUGACCCAGAUGCCACAAAAGCCAGCGAGGAUUUUGUGGAUCCAUGGACAGUACGGACAAGCAGUGCAAAAGGCAUCGACUAUGACAAGCUCAUUGUUCAGUUUGGAAGCAGCAAAAUUGACAAAGAGCUGAUAAACCGAAUAGAGCGGGCCACUGGCCAAAGACCACACCGCUUCCUGCGCCGGGGCAUCUUCUUCUCCCACCGAGAUAUGAAUCAAAUUCUGGAUGCCUAUGAAAAUAAGAAGCCAUUUUACCUGUACACGGGCAGGGGCCCCUCCUCCGAAGCGAUGCAUCUGGGUCAUCUCGUUCCAUUUAUUUUCACAAAGUGGCUGCAGGACGUGUUCGAUGUGCCUUUGGUCAUCCAGAUGUCUGACGAUGAGAAGUACCUGUGGAAGGACUUGACUCUGGAGCAGGCGUACAGUUACACCGUGGAAAACGCCAAGGACAUCAUUGCCUGCGGCUUUGACAUCAACAAAACUUUCAUCUUCUCUAAUCUUGAGUACAUGGGGCAGAGCCCGGGUUUCUACAAGAAUGUGGUGAAGAUUCAGAAGCAUGUCACUUUCAACCAAGUGAAAGGCAUUUUCGGCUUCACUGACAGUGACUGCAUUGGGAAGAUCAGUUUUCCUGCUGUUCAGGCCGCACCGUCAUUCAGCAACUCUUUCCCGAAGAUCUUCCGAGACCGGACAGAUAUCCAGUGCCUCAUCCCGUGUGCCAUUGACCAGGAUCCAUACUUCAGAAUGACGAGGGACGUGGCCCCCAGGAUCGGCCAUCCUAAACCUGCCCUGCUGCACUCGACCUUCUUCCCUGCCCUGCAGGGCGCUCAGACCAAGAUGAGUGCCAGUGACCCCAACUCCUCCAUCUUCCUCACGGACACAGCCAAGCAGAUCAAGAGCAAGGUCAACAAGCAUGCAUUUUCUGGAGGAAGAGACACUGUGGAGGAGCACAGGCAGUUUGGAGGCAACUGUGACGUGGAUGUGUCCUUCAUGUAUCUGACCUUCUUCCUUGAAGAUGACGACAGGCUGGAACAGAUCAGAAAGGAUUACACCAGCGGGGCCAUGCUCACUGGGGAACUCAAGAAGACGCUCAUCGACGUCCUUCAGCCCCUGAUCGCAGAGCACCAGGCCCGACGCAAGGUGGUCACCGAAGAGACCGUGAAGGAGUUCAUGGCGCCCCGGCAGCUGUCUUUCCACUUCCAGUAAUGUCUCUUUUCUGUGACAAACCUGUCCAUAAUUCCACCCUGUCAAAUCAAGUCACACUCCCAAUAGGCUGCUGUCACAUGGUAAUUCCUGGACCUGGGUCUCUACGUACUUGUGCAUUCUGGAUGCUGUUUCUUCUGUGCUGUCUCCAUCUAUGUCUGCUAAGGAUGAUGAGGUGAUGCUAAUGCCGUGUGGUCAGAUAGAGACCCAGCCAGGAAGCUCUCCCACAAACCGCCCCGGCCCACAGAGGAUGUCCACCUAGCAGCCUAGGGCUCCAGAACAAAUUCUAAAAUGUAUUCCAGGUUUUUUUUUAAAGUGUGUGUGCUCAGCUGACCAUGGUGGUACACACUUUAUAAUCUCCAUACUCGGGAAGCUAAGACACAAGUUCUGAGCCAGCCUGGGCUACCCAGCAUGAUCCUAUAGUAAUGUACAUUUGGUUCUGCUUCUAUGGAGUCAGAAUGUCAUUACUUUAAAACUGAAAACUGCUGGGAAAAACUGACAAGGAGAUAUGUGGUGGGAGAUGCUGCUGCUCGAGCCCACGCCACACACACACACACACACACACACACACACACACACACACACUUACAUGUGAGACGUACAAGCUUUGCUUUAUACUUGGCUAGGAAAUCAUCUGCUUCGUCCCUGAGGUGUAGCCCAGUAGUAGAGCACUCGCCUAGCAUGCAUGGUAUCCUGGGUUCAGUCUUCUGCACCACAAAGCUGGGUGGAUAAUUGAGCUCUAUACUUUUAACACUGAUUAUAGAUCAGGCUGGGCCAUUUCUACUAACCUGAGUCUUGUGGGUGAACCUUGAGGCUGAGGUAACUAAACUCCAGAUCACGCGUGCCGUCCACUCCAGAAUCAUGCUUGUUACCUUUAGUAUACUAACUUUCCCAAGACUCCACCUUGUAAAGCCCAGUGGUGGCUUCUCCCGACCACCAGACUCUAAGGACGAUCUGUUACCUUUGCAGAUGCUUUUGUUUUGACACUUGACUGAAGUGGAGGGCAGGCCAGAACAGUGUGCUGGCCGUGCCUCAGGCCGGUGGACCAUAGCUAGACAGGAAAGAACAGCAGCCAUCCAGGCCCCGGCGGUCUCCCUCUGGGCUGCCUGCGUGUAAUGAGCCAUCACUCAGAGUCUUGGAAAAGCAGAUGCCGUAUCUCAGGGAAAGCCCCUGGUUGAAGUGUCUGUCUCUCUGAAGACACAAGGGCCACUCUGAGUGUUCUGUCCUUGCAUCAUUUUCAGGCAAAAAAUAAUAAACCUUGUUGUGCUUCU